CACGCGCACAGUGAACCUGGUAACCUGCCAUUUAAAAUAUGUGGUGAAAAUUGUUUGGGCACAUCAAUGCCAUGGCGUAAGCUUGGGCUGUCUCAUGUGUUAUGUGUUGUCUAGCCUGUCCUAAGAAAUCAAAAGCUUUAGGCCUACAUCACGAGAUGGACACGCAGGACCAGGACUGUGUGGGAAGGUGGGACGGGCUUGGCAGCCGCGAUGCCAGCUCCAGAGAUGCAGCCAUGGAGCACAUCCGCCAGGAGGUGAUGAGGAGGGUGGAGGACAUCGGGCCCAUCCCGGCCUCCUUGGCCCCCUCCCCCCUGGCCUCAGCCAGCGCCCCCAACAACGAUCUGAAUGAGAUGCUCGCCCGCCUCCUCAUGCUCUCCAAACGGUGUCCCUUUGAAGAUGUCAGGGAGCGGUGCGUUUGGAUUCUGCAGAGUGUCCAGGACUUGGGGGUAAGGAUCCCAAGACCAUUAGGUAACGGACCAAGCAGAUUCAUCCCUGAAAAAGAGAUCCUUCAAGUCAGUAAAGUGGACGCCAGGACACAGACGAUAUUUGAGGACGCGUUUGCAGCCCUCGGUCGCCUUGACAACAUCUCCCUGGUGAUGGGCUUCCACCCGCAGUACCUGGAGAGUUUCCUUCGGACGCAGCACUACCUGCUGCAGAUGGAUGGCCCCCUGUCUCUGCACUACCGACACUACAUAGGCAUCAUGGCUGCAGCCAGACACCAGUGCUCCUAUUUGGUCAAUCUGCACGUGAAUGACUUCCUCCAAGUCGGUGGCGAUCACAAGUGGCUCAACGGCCUGGACGGAGCGCCGCAGAAGCUGCAGCACCUGGGCGAGCUCAACAAGAUCCUGGCCCACCGGCCUUGGCUUCUCACCAAGGAACACAUCGAGCACCUUCUCAAGGCAGAGGAGCACAGCUGGUCCUUAGCAGAGCUCAUCCACGCGGUGGUGCUCCUCACACACUACCACUCCCUCGCCUCGUUCACCUUUGGCUGUGGUAUCACGCCUGAGAUCCACUGCGACGGCGGACACACUUUCAGACCCCCCUCCCUCAGCCAGUACUGCGUCUGUGACAUUGCCAAUGGCAAUGGUCACGCUAAUCACCAUGACGAUCUGCUUGGCAACCAGGAGGUGUCUGGCGAGGUGGAGGUGCUGAUGGAGCGAAUGAAGCAGCUGCAGGAGUGUCGCGACGAGGAGGAGGCCAGCCAGGAGGAGAUGGCCACGCGCUUCGAGAGGGAGAAGACAGAGAGCAUGCUGGUGGUGACCGCCGAGGACGAAGAGUGCGUUCCCUCCAGAGACGUCUCCCGCCACUUUGAGGACCCCAGCUAUGGCUACAAGGACUUCUCCAGGAGGGGAGAGCACGUGCCCACCUUCAGAGUGCAGGACUACAGCUGGGAGGACCACGGCUUCUCUCUGGUCAACCGGCUGUACCCGGACGUUGGUCAGAUGCUGGACGAGAAGUUCCAGAUGGCCUACAACCUGACCUACAACACCAUGGCAAUGCAUAAGGAUGUGGACACCUCUAUGCUGCGCAGGGCCAUCUGGAACUACAUCCACUGCAUGUUUGGCAUUAGAUAUGAUGAUUAUGAUUACGGGGAGAUAAACCAGCUGUUGGACCGUAGCUUUAAGAUCUAUAUUAAGACCAUGGUGUGCAGCCCUGAAAAGACCACCAAACGAAUGUAUGAAAGUUUCUGGAGGCAGUUUCAGCACUCCGAGAAGGUCCACGUUAAUCUGCUUCUUAUGGAAGCGCGCAUGCAGGCAGAACUGCUCUACGCUCUGAGAGCGAUCACCCGCUACAUGACAUGAAGUGCUUUUGGCGUUUAUAUUGUUGUCUUUUUACUGUCAUUGUUGUUGCUCAUUAUGGGACACUUCAAGGAAAAAAAAAGAAAAUCAAAGGGGGGGAUAUAGAAACAAAAAAUGUGGAAGAGAUGUGAAAAGCCCUAGUUUGUGAUGGUGCUUGUCCUGGUGUUGGAUGGAUGUCGGAAAACGAUCAGAACAAACGAAAGCAAGAAAGAAUGAAAGAAAGAGCUGCAAAAGAAAAGUCAUCUCAACCUGCAAGUGGAUACACAAACUGGGUUCCUGUUGCCUGCAGUGCCAAAACCGACCAAGAGAGGGCAGCCUGGAGCAAAUUCCUGUUAUGCUGGGGAGUUUGUGCCGGGCAGAGGACUGACACAGGAGGCAUCCCGGCUGACAUUUCAGUAUUCCACCAUGCAACACAGCAGUUGCCAAUCUCUACUGUCCUGGUAGAGCGAAGACCCAGAUAGCGAUUCUCCAGAAAGUGGUGCAGUCGAAAACGGUCUGCACUUUUGAUUCUGUAGUCACUGUUAUGUUUGUUUAGUUUCUUUAAUAUCUUUUUAUUUCAUUUUGUAUCAAGAGAAGUUGUUGUUGUUGUUGUUAUUGAUGUGGUUGCUGUUAGUGGUAACUGGAGAUGGAAGCAUUACUUGGCCGGUAUUAUUAAGCGUGCCUGAACUAUUCAGCGCGGCGUGCAGACGUGCUGAUGCUGCUGCUCUCAUGUACCCAUCGAGGUCACAUUGGCCCCCUCCAAACCCAAUCCCACCCCCUCAUCCCCUAUCCAUUAGAAAUCCACUGCAUUACCCCCAUCCCAUCCCAUCCCCCUCUUCUCAUGCCCCCAAUCCCCCAAUCUCAAAUGUCUAAGUAAGCUAAUCCAAGGAGUGAGUGAAAACCGGAGAGAGAAAAAGAACACUGUCUGAGCCCUAUUCAGUUUGACUGUUGGCACGUGUGUCUGUUUGUGACGAAUACAAGGCACGGGUGGGUGUGUGUGUGUGAGAGAGAGAGAGUGUGUGCGUGUGUGCUAGUGUGUGAGUGUGUUUCACAGAAAUAUUGUUUGAAAAAGUCUUUUUGAAUUUCAAGUGUCAAAAAAAAGCGAGGCACUUUGAAGGAACGAGACUUCUUGCUUCUGCUGUAGCUCUGUUAUUGUGAGGUGACUGUUUUAUCAUUUCGUUGAUGACGUUGUCUUUAUGUUUCUGGUAAUGGAUAAAAAGAAAAAAAAAAGCUAAUCAAAAAGAAAGUUAGAAACCAGGUUUUGGAGGGAUUUGCUUCCGGUUGUCCUAACCACACCUGUUUGUCUUCCGCUCAUCCCAGCCGCCUGGUCACCCUAACACUUUCAAAGCUUUGGAUUGUGAAUUUUACCAGUAAAUGAAUACCUCUUCUGUUUUCUCUAUAAAACAUAUAAGAAGUGCUCUUUGGUGAGCAGAGAGACUCUUUCUGGGCUGCCCUGUUCCCAUUGGUAGGGAGCUGGGCCGGCCCACACAGGGCCGACUGCGCUCGACGACCUGUCGACCGCAAAAGGUUGUAGCUGUGCUUAUUUCCCUGCGGGGAAGCCUAACCAGUGCAAAAGCAGCUUUUUUUUGUUUUGUUUUGUUUUUUUUUUUAAAAUUUUUGAACAGAGGUAUGAACCCUCUGCUGUUUUGUUUUUGUUUACUAAAACCAGUAAAGUACUGCAUUCUUCUGAGGGUGGAUUGAGACAGUUGGACAGAUGAAUGAUUGUUUGUUGUAAAGAGGAGGAGGGUGAUGAUGAUGAAAAUGGAAUGGUACAUCAUUUGGAGGUGGUUGUGAGAGGAAGUGGAGGUUUUAUCAAACUUCUGACUGAUGUCAGUUACUGACACUUUUUAUAUGAAAAAAAGAUAAUGAAAAAAAUAAAAACAUGUUAUUGAAUCAUUGUGUAUCAUUCGUAGUUUUCUCCUAGAUAAUUUUUAUUUUUCCAUUGCUUCUUCAAAGAGACAAUAUCUCUUGUGGAAAGGCUUACACAUAUUCAGGAGACAGCAGUCAUAGCACAAUCAGAUCCACUAUCAGUGCAGCUCCAGUGUUGCAGCCGUAUGGGUUUUAGGCAAUCAAACAACCUGUGGCAGUCGUUUAGCCACUGAUACAGUUUUGCAUUUUUAUUUAUGCUUUUGCGACACAUGGAAUGACAUCGAGUGUUAUUUUGCCACCGUGCAUUACGCGUGUCCCAACGUGCUCCUGGUUCUUUCUGAUAAAGCUGAGUCAGAUGUUGCUAACAGUACACUGAACUCAGAGGAAUGGUUCAGUUUGUGUCAUUCACUUUCCCUGUGAAUUUCAUUUACUGUACGAGCUCCACAGCUGUAAGAGAACCAGGUUAUGGUCCCUGUUCCUGCGGUGCGGUCAAGGUCAAAGUUUUCUUUUCACUCAGAAGACUUUGCACCUCGCCUGGGCUUGGACCGAGACGAGUGGGAUACCUUGUGGUACAGCUUUUGAUCUCCUCCCUGUUUUUCUCAGUGGGAGAGGUCCCUCAUUUCCCCGACGAGGAGUUUUGGCUGGUGAUUUGUCUGAACUUCAGGGUGUUUCCAUCAAGGCCAGAGAAAGGCCUGUUAUUAUACAAUCACCAGCAUAAUCUCAAUGUCAUCCCCGCUGACAAAAACAUCUGCCUUCACAAUUUGGUGGCUUUCCCGAACAAUACAGGGAUAGGAAAAAAUCUGAUUAAGCAACCUCGCAAUCAGCCAGCCAACGGUCCGUUUCAUAUCAACCUGAGAAAUUCUACAUAGAGAACAACGUUUGUUAUUAACUUUGGCUAAUGAGGAGUUUUGGUUUCUUUUUUUGAAACAUUGGCUUGUCUUGUGGUUGUUUUUAAGGUCACUGUUGUGUGAAGAAAAAAAAAAGGGGGAAACUGACGCCAGGGGCUUUUUACAUUAAGUGCCGUUUCUGAUUUGUUUCAGUGUAAUAACGAUGUGAUUUUGAAACGCUGUACUUUACUUGAUGUAAGUUGUAAGCACUGCCUGGCCCCAUAUCUGUAAUAAUAAAGGCUUUGAGAAGCAAAACAUU